AUGUCUGGCAAAGAUAGAUUAGCUAUUUUCCCUUCCCGGGGUGCUCAAAUGUUAAUAAAGGGUCGAUUAGCUGGAGCACAAAAAGGCCAUGGUCUCCUUAAGAAAAAAGCUGAUGCUUUGCAAGUCAGGUUCCGUAUGAUUUUGAGCAAAAUCAUUGAGACAAAAACCCUUAUGGGGGAAGUAAUGAAAGAAGCUGCAUUUUCCCUUGCUGAAGCUAAGUUUACAACGGGAGACUUUAAUCAGGUUGUGUUGCAAAAUGUAACUAAAGCGCAGAUUAAGAUUCGCUCCAAGAAGGACAAUGUUGCAGGUGUAACACUCCCAAUUUUUGAAUCAUAUCAAGAUGGCUCAGACACAUAUGAAUUGGCUGGCCUUGCUCGAGGUGGCCAACAACUGUCUAAAUUGAAAAAGAACUUCCAGAGUGCUGUUAAAUUACUUGUUGAGCUGGCAUCACUGCAAACCUCUUUUGUUACCCUAGACGAGGUCAUCAAGGUUACUAACAGACGUGUUAAUGCUAUUGAGCAUGUGAUUAUCCCACGAUUGGAGCGUACUCUAGCAUAUAUCAUCUCAGAACUUGACGAAUUGGAGCGUGAGGAGUUCUAUCGACUCAAGAAGAUCCAAGAUAAGAAGAAGAUUAUCAAGGAUAAAGCUGAAGCUGCAAAAGCGGCGAAGGUGGCGGCCGGGAACGACGAACGUGACAUCGCGAACUUGCUCGAUGAGGGUGACGAAGAUUUGCUCUUCUAA